CCUCGGGUUUCCUCCCCAGGGGAGGGCCUGGCGGCUGAGCAGGGGACCCGUCCCUGCAGCUGGCGGAGGCCGGGCACCAUGGGGCUCGGGGCCAGGAGCGUGCGGGGCAGGGACGGGCCGGCGCCCACGCCCUGCGUGCAGGCCCAGUGCUUCGACCCGCUGGUCCGCCUCUGCGUGGCCUGCCGGCUCUUCCGCACGCCCGAGCCUGGACGCGCCUCGCCUCCCUCCGGCCUGCGCUCCCUCCCCUCGUUCCCCCGUCCUCUCUCCCCGUCCCCUCCGCACGCGCCAGCAGCCGGCCUGAGCAGCCAGGCGCCCGGGACGGCGCUGCAGCCGCAGGAGUCCGUGGGCGCCGGGGCCGAGGCCGCGCUGCCCCUGCCCGGGCUGCUCUUCGGCGCCCCCGCGCUGCUGGGCCUGGCGCUCGCCCUGGCCCUGGCCCUGGUGGCCCUGAUGAGCUGGAGGUGGCAGCGGCGGCGCAGGACGGCCUCCCUAGAGGCCCCAGACGGAGGCCAGGACGGCCACAGUGGUGCUUCAUCUACAGCGGGCUAUCUCUCUGGGGACCGCUGUGACCCAAUCCUGACACUCCAUAUCCCCUUGCUCCUGCCCACCCCAGAGGCCCUGGACAAUGUCAUCAUCCCCUCGACAGAAACCCUGGAUGCUUCAGCUCCCAUCUGGUCUCCACCCAGAGAAGACCCAGGCAGCACCCCAUCUGGCCACAGUGUCCCUGUGCCAGCCACAGAGCUGGGCUCCACUGAGUUGGUGACCACCAAGACCACUGGCCCUGAGCAACAAUAGCAGUGGAGAGGACAGGAGGGGCCCCUGUCCUGCAUCAGUGUCCCCCUGCCACAAGGGUUCAGAACUGAAUUCAGCUCUUCACUCCAGCACCCACCUGACCUUUUCCUGGGAGCCAGACUGCUCCCUGCUGAACCCUAGAGACACUACAGUACAAAGUGUGUAGCCAUUUGGAAUUGUUUGUGUGUUUACUUUUUGCUUAAGACCAUGCCAACUUUGACUGUUCUUAAAGGUCCUCUCUGCUCCA